AUGGGGACUUCCUCGCCCGAAGCCAACGGAGAUUAUCCCGGAAGCAUAGGCUCCUUUUUAGCCGAAGCUGGUGCCGACGGCACUCUUGGAGAUGACGAGCGCUCGCACAUUGCCGCUGUGGCACCACGCACGGGCGAAGGCCGGAGCGGACCGCGGUCAAGGAACGGAUGUUGGACUUGCCGCACCAAAAAGGUGAAGUGUGACGAGCAGAGGCCCAACUGUCAUCGCUGCUCACGGCUGCGGCUCCUUUGCGAUUAUGCACCCCGCAUCAAGUUUAACAAGAGAGACAAAUCACGCAAGGAUCAACUUUUGUCGUCCCAGUUUGCCGUCUCGUCUGCCUCGUCGGCUGGAGAUGGGGGUUUGCCGACCUGGGCGCAGGCUGUUUCUCGACUCGAUCAGUCCAAGGCCUUAUCGCUUUUCAGCCCCUCGGCACCAUCCGUCGGGGCCUGCUCUCUUGAUCUUUCGUCGGCUGAUCACGAAGCGAUUCGAUACUUUCGUACCUCAUUCGCCAAGCUUAAUCACACAAAGACUCCGGAUUUUUCACUAUACUCCAUCAUGUUCGACGUUGCUCAAACUGACUCCAUGGUCAUGCGCGUGGUUUUGGCCCUUGGCGGACGGGAGUUGGAAUUCCGGCGGAACAAAGAUGCGGAAGAGGCCCGAGGUCCAAGAACCCCCAUCCAGCAUUACUCCUUGGCACUCCGCAUGAUGGCUGAUACCAUCGGUUGCGAGGAUCAUGAGCAGCUGGACCUUGAUGCUGUUUGUACAGCUCUGUAUCUUAUGCUGCUGUAUGAGCAGAAGUACGGUGAUGGCAAGUGUCAGGGUCUUUCUAACCAUCUCGUGGGCGCCAGCUUGAUACUGCAACACCGUUUCAAAAACAUGCUACUCCAACUGCCGGCCCCAUCGCCCGAGGUCAACCGGAAGAGUUUGGCUUUGACAAGGAAGGGUCCCGACGGGAGUGGCUCACGCCUUUCACUUUACUCGGCACGAAUACUCGUCUGGAUUUCCCUCCACGACGCAGCAGCUGCAUCAUACGGCCUCGGUGGCCAGCUGAACUGCGCGCUGCACAAGAUCAUGGGGUCUUUGGAAGGCCCUGUGACCGCCCCUGUUUUUAGCCCCUUUCAGCCGAUGGAUGCCUUUGAGAGAUUACACCGCUUCUCUAACCCACUGUAUCGAAGCAUGUGGGCUGAUGCAUAUCCCCAAGAAGAGCUGCUUGAUGAUGUUGAGAAUCGUAACGUAUAUGCACUCUUUGGCGCUUGCGGUCAGUUACGUUUUAUGAUCGCCCAGCUUGCGAACCUUUCUUGCGAAGGCAAUGAUGCAUCACAACAGCAGCGCGUCAUGGCUGUAGACAUGGCCAUCCAGCAAAUUGGCUGGAAAUUCACUGAGCUACUCGAGGUCGCAGCAGAGCUUUCCAUUGGUACGGACAAUUCGCAUCGCCUCGUAGCCAACAUUCGCGGCAUUGUUCCUCACUACCAUGCCGUAGUCCUCGAGUUCAUGCGUCUGACGCGCUUCAACGAUAUCCCCAUGCUUUCAGAUCGCCAAAGAAGUGCUUUGAGGGAGAUCAUGAACCUCGCCUUCCAGGCCUUCAAACACGAGGGAGACGAGUCAAUGGCGCGCAUAGCAUGGCCACUAUUCAUCGUCGCCCUUGAGACAGACGACCUUCUGCAUCGGGAUUGGGUGCUCAGUCGGUUUCAGGGGAUGAGCCAAUUUAGCAAAAACCUUGAUCGAGCUCACGUUUUCCUCAAGCAGACCAUCGAGAUUCAAAAUCGUCUCGGAAAACGGGUCGAUGUGCGCGAGCGCUUCCAAUCUGGCGAAGUGGGCCUCUUCGUCAUCUGA